CCUAUAUUUGUCGUAUAAUACACUAGUUUAAAACUAUUUUAUUUUGGUCCAUCCUGCCUUAUAGCAAAUGAGGAAAGUGUACUAUAUGUGUAUAUAUACAACAUAUAUAUCUACACUCAUAUGCAUGGAACACCUCUCCACACAUUUUUUCACCCUAUAACCCCUGGACUCCACCGAGCGACGUCAGAAUUAACCGAGAGUAAGGCUUUCUUCUCGAGAGAGCAGACGAACUACUUGGCGGGAGAAGGACCCGCGUCUAACUAACACUAAAGACGGAUUCAAGAUUCAAAAUUUGAAGCGCAAAAGCACAUCCACGUCUCAAACAUCAAAUCAUAUCUUACUGAAUAAUUUGCCUGAACCAAGUCCAACAUGGAGAGACAUGCCGUCCAACCCAUCAACUCGGUGACUCGUUUUGGUUUGACUCAGCUCCUCUACACCAUCACCACCAUCCUCUUCAUUCUGUUCUCCACCGCCGCCGCCGCCACACAAGAGCUUCUCAGAGGCUUCACAUCCACUCCAGACCCAUCAGUCUCUUCUUUUCAAGCUCUGCUCAGCGAUUCCACUGGCAACUACUCACUGGGUUUCAUCCGAGUCAAACAGACUCAACUAGCUCUUUCAGUCAUCCACGUUCCAUCCUCCGAACAACUUUGGGUCGCCAACAUGACCCGGUUGCCGAAAUGGUCCGGCCCGACUCGGCUCUUCUUCAAUGGCAGUCUUGUUAUUUCUGAUUCCCAUUCGGGGGUGUUUUGGUCAACUCAAACCGAUGGGGAUCGGGUUUGGAUAUCAAAUACCUCUAAUCUCCAAAUAGAAAAGCUCGAUCAGUCUCAUUCUAUUCUCUGGCAAAGUUUCCAAUUUCCCUCAGAUACCCUUGUGGAGAAUCAAAAUUUCACAAGUGCCAUGUCUUUAGUUUCUUCAAAUGGGCUUUAUUAUAUGAUGUUAGGAUCCGAUUUUGUCGGGUUGUAUGCCCGGUUCAACCCAGGAUCCGACUCCAACCAGAUUUAUUUGAAGCACAAGGCAUUAGAGGCCAAAGCAGACGUAAUUGAAGGCCAAGGACCCAUUUACAUGGUGCUCAGUUCGGACGGGUUUCUGGGUAUGUACCAAAACGGGUUGGUUCCCGUCGACGUGCAAUCUUUCAGCACCUUUCAACAGAGAGGAUCCGGAAUCAGACGGGUCCGGAUCGAACCGGACGGGAAUCUAAAAGGGUAUUUCUGGACCGGGUCAAGUUGGGUCUUGGACUACCAGGCAAUAUCCGACCCAUGUGAGUUACCCAGUUCUUGCGGGUCGUAUGGUCUCUGCCAACCGGGUAAGGGUUGUUCUUGCAUAAAUAACCGGACCGACCACAGCUCUGGCGGGUGUGACCCGCAGGAGAACAACUCCGGGGACUUUUGUGGCACAAAUGGUGAUGACAAGUAUUGGGUUUUGAGAAGAAAUGGUGUGGAAUUACCAUUUAAAGAGCUGAUGGGAUAUGAGAAAAUGGGUUCGGAGCUCCAAUGUGAGAGGGCAUGUGAAGUGAAUUGCACAUGUUGGGGUGUGGUGUACAGUAACUCAUCUGGGUUCUGCUACAUGAUAGAUUACCCCAUACAGAGUUUGGUGGGUAUUGGGGAUGAGACCAAGGUGGGGUAUUUUAAGGUGAGGGAAGGUGUAGGGAAGAAGGAUAGGGUAGUGGGGUAUGGGGUUGGGAUUGGAGUGUUGUGUGGGGCAGUUUUGGUAUUUGGAAUGGUGGUUGGGUUUGGGAUUUUUAGGGUUUGGAAGAGGAAGAGAGGGGUUAAGGGGUACGUGGAGGAAGAUGGUGAAGUGGGUGUGGGACCAUACAAGAACCUGGGGUCUGCUAGUUUUCGGUCAAUUGAGCUUUGUGAAAAGUGACGCAAGGGAUGACAUUUUUUGUGGGUUGAGGGCAUUUUUGUCUUAUCACUGAUUCAUAAUCAACUUGCAUGGUUCUUGCGGGGAUUAAGGCCUUGUUUGGAGA